GUGUAGUCUCGCCGUGAACUAGGCUGAUGUUGUAGUUAACAGGAGCUGACUGGAGCAGGACGUAAAGUGAGAGCUGCUCCUCUUGCUUCCUGCCCUCCUGCCUCUCUGUGUUUUCUUUUUUUUUUUUUUUUUUGUUUUUUGUUUUGUUUUUGCCAAGACAAAAACUCAACAUGGUCAACCGAAACUAACCCGAGCUGCCCGGCGUCGUUGGGAGUCGCUCGACGUGAUGCUCGAUUGGGCCGAGGAGUGAAGCGCAUUCCUGGAUGAGUCGAGGGCCGCCGUCUUAAGAAGCUCACGAGAAAGCCAAGCCCGCCCCCCGCCCCCCGAACCCCGAACCGCGCUCAACCAAGAUGGUCCUCAGCUCAGCCCGGCGUUACCGCAGCAGCUUCUUGGGACGAGGAUGUGCGUUGCCAUGGUGAUCAUUUACAAGAAAACACUGGAAAAGAAGGGUGCCGAUGAUGUAACAUCCAAACGUACAAAUUUGGACCUGUUCCAGGCACAGACCAUGAGCCAGGGGACUGCACUUUUCUCUUGCGGACUCAUGGAGACACGCCGGUGGCGUGAGGUGGGCCACAGCUGCGCUAUACAGCAGAGGCCGGUCGGGACCAGCCUGGAGAGCCUGUGGGACGUCCUGCCCGAGGUGCACCGCAGCUCCGCCCACUGGGACUGGGACGUGGGCUCGACGUCGAGCACGAUCACGAGCCUGCUGCAGGACCUGAGCCUGACCGAGGCGGCGUCCUCACACUCCACCGCCCCCCCCAGCAAGCGACAGUGCCGGUCCCUGUCCUGCUCCGACGAGCUCGGCGGCUGCCGCUCCGCCUGGCGCCCUCAGGGCUCCCGCGUGUGGACGGCCGUGGAGAAGCGGCGGUGCCACAGCGGGGGCAGCGUCCAGCGCGGCAGCGUCGCCAACGCGCAGCUCGGCUUCCCGGCCAUGCAGCGCAGCUCCAGCUUCACCCAGGGCCUCCCCUGGCCCUCCGCCUUCACCAGCCUGGCGCCCUCCUUCUCCUCCUCCUCCUCCUCCUCCUCCAUGACCCUGUCCUCCAAGCCGUCAGCGCAGCAGCCCCUCUACCUCUCUCACGAACAAAUUUGCCUCCCCGAGCUCCGCGGACCCUCUCCGCCCAGCUCCCCCGACUCCACUCCGGAGCUGGAGCGGCGCGGGGGACAACAGGGGGGUCUCGCACGUAGCCGCUCGCAGCCAUGCGUCCUCAACGACAAGAAGAUUGGCGUGAAGCGCAGGAGGCCGGCCGACACCCACAAACAGAGGCCUUCAUUGGAUCUGGCAAAGAUGACACAGAAACUUCGGAAUUUCCACAGCCUUAGCUGCCCUGGAAUCACAGGCGAAGACAGCUGCGAGCCGAGCCAGGCCCUCCCCGCGCUCGGGAGCAGCGCUCACCUCGACGCCGACGACUCGCCCGCGAGCGAACGCGGCUCGGGGGAGGCCCGGCCUCGGACCAAAGAGGGCGAAGUCGGCGGCGACGCGUCGACGGGCCCCGGCGCGGAGGAGGCGGACUGGAACCCCGCGGAGGAGCGCGGCGACGGGACGACGGCGACGACGACCAACGGGAAGGAGAGCGAGAGCCUGUGGGCCGGACUGUGCAGCAUGAGGAAGGACGUGUAUCAGCUCGGAGGAGAGCUCGACAUCGAGCAAAUCGAGAGGAACUGAGCUGGAGUGCUCCCCCCCCCGAGAACGGAGGGGGGGGAGAAAGCUAAAUUAGGGGGACUGAAAGUUUAUCACCAGGUGGUACAGUGAACAGUACUGAUAGUCUUAAGGGGAAACAAGUGGAAAGCUUCUUUUCUCGAGGAGAGAUUGAACAAGAGCUCCGUUUGCUAAACGCCCAUUUCUGGGGUAUCUCAGCUGUGUCUCAGGAGAACAAAGACGUCAGGGAAGAUGGAUUUUUGGGUGGACAGAACUGAUCAUUAUAAAGAAAAAAAAAUAAUAAUAAACAUAGUAAAGUUGGCUCAGACACUGGGGUCUCUUAACAUUUCCGCAUAACCCUGAUUACCCCUGACUCUGCUACAUUUGGAGAGAAUUCACAGCGGGUUUGUAUAAAUUCUCUGCUCUAGAAAGAGUGUCUCCUCCUCCGACGUUCUUCAGUAGCACACGGGGUCAUGACGGAAGGGAAAUGGAGACGCUCUCAGUAAAGUAAAGCCCCUCUCACUUUUUUUACUGAGCGAGGAAACCGCACGCACGAGCGCAAGGCACACACCUACACACACACACACACACACACACACAUUAAGUAAUACUGAAGAGCUUAACAUUUCACACAUCAGUAACAUCAGGCUUAUCUCUGAGACAUAUGCUCCUGUAUGUUUUUGAAAAAAGAAACGAUGCUAAUAGCGUUAAUAUUCUUUCUUUUUACGAUUUGUAACGACAAAGUUAUGUAAGACAUGAGCAUAUUUCUAUACAAAUAAACACAGUUUUAAAUGUG